GAUUGCGCAUGCGCAGAGCCACAUCUGCCUGCUCGCAGUCCGAACCGGGUAGGUUAGCAGGAGAUAGCCCAGAUUAACGCUGAAAUCAGCGAAAAAGAUGUUCCGAAGGAAACUCACGGCUCUGGAUUAUCACAACCCGGACGGCUUUGACUGCACAGAUGAGACUCAGUACAGGAACUGCAUCGUGUGGCUGGAGGAUCAGAAGAUCAGGCACUACAAGAUCGAAGACAGAGGAAACCUGAGAAACAUCCCCAGCUCAGACUGGCCCAAAGCCUACCAGAAGUACCUGCAGGACGUGAACUGUCCCUUUGAAGUUCAGGAGAGGCAGGAGGCUCUGGACUGGUUACUAGGCCUGGCUGUCAGAUAUGAAUAUGGAGACAAUGUGGAGAAGUACAAAAACUGUCAGCCGCCGCCGGCAGCCAACAGCGAGAAAGCAGCAGACCCUCUCAUCAACCUCGACAGCAAUUCACCAGAUUUCAAAGCAGGGGUCACAGCUUUGGCCAACAUCCUCAAGAUACAGCGGCAUGACGACUACCUGGUCAUGCUGAAGGCAAUUCGUAUUCUGAUCCAGGAGAGACUCUCUCCAGAAGCCAUCAGUAAAGCCAGCCAGAACAAAGAGGGGGUUCCCGUGGCUCUGGAUCAGCAUGUCUUGGGCUUCGACACUGGAGACGCCACGCUGAACGAGGCGGCUCAGAUCCUGCGGCUGCUGCACAUCGAGGAGCUGAGGGAGCUGCAGACCAAGAUCAACGAGGCCAUCGUGGCCGUUCAGGCCAUCAUCGCCGACCCAAAGACGGACCACAGGCUGGGCAAGGUCGGCAGAUGAAAGAGAGGAUGAAGGACUGUACCGGGCGGUUUAGUUUGAUUUGUUUUCAAAAGGAAAACCUGUUUUUCUUCGGUUGUUUAUUGAACGGAUGUGAGUGAGUUUGUAUCCUUCUGUUGGUGCAUGACAUUUCGCUGGGUGACUUUGCAGUUUAGAAGAAAUGUGUUAAGAUAAACUCCUGCCAUCAUCUCUUCUCCUGAAGAUCCCUUUCUGUCGUUUGCUAGCUAAGUGAUUUUUUUUAAUCACUGAUGGAAGAGUUGUUUUAUUUUGGAGAUGUUUACAGUGAUGCUGCAAGGGAGAAAAUAUAUGAAACCAGCUAAGUUUGGUUCCUGUGGUC